CAGGAUCCUCGUCCUGCUUUUGCUUAUUAUGGGCAUAGCUCAGCCGCAGGCUGCUGGGCUGGCCAAAUUCACCUCCGCGCUGCGACAUCUUCAUCAUUCACACUGCGCCGUACCACCUACAAUCCCAUUUGUCGGACAACACAAAACUGCCACAAGACAUCCCAAUUUCCAGCCGAGACAUGACUCCUGGAGAGACUCAGUGAUACACAAAUAUGGCUGCGUUCCGAGCGCAGCUCCGACGACGGAGCAUGUUCAUCACCCUUGGGCUGGUAGCCAUCUUCGUCUGGACACUCGCAUCCUGUCGGUCGCAGAACACCAAGAGGUCUACCAGCCAUGAGCAGUUCUGGGCCGAUUUUCAUCCUAUGCUGGUGGCCUCCGAGCCCUACGCCAAUUCUCCGACAAGGAUCAGGAAUGCCGAAUCCGUGGGCUUCGACCCGAAAAACACAGAUCCGCUGCCCGACUUCCUUCGCCUUUCCAAAGAAGAUGUAUCAGCUCUGAGGAUGGCGCACAGCAAAUUCCUCGAUAUGUUAUUGCAGAAUCCACCGAGCCUACACUACCAAGCGCACACUCGCGGUCUAGUCUCGACCGCUGGCGGCUCUUACCUCCCCGUCCUUGUUAUCUCCCUGCGAAUGCUUCGCCGGAGUGGCUCAACCCUUCCCAUGGAAGUCUUUCUCGCCAGCUGGGAUGAGUACGAUGGCUAUGUCUGUCAGAUUGUUCUUCCAUCCCUCAACGCACAAUGUGUGGUUCUGUCUGAGAUUCUUGACGCUGUCAGCGACAGCAAGUCCUCCAUUGAAAAAUACCAAUACAAGGUCUUCGCGAUGAUGUUCUCCUCCUUCGAAGAGAUUCUCUUCCUAGACGCAGAUGCAUUCGCUCUUGAGAACCCGGAAGUGUUAUUUGAAUCUGAACCUUUCAUCUCAAAGGGACUAGUCACCUGGCCGGACUUCUGGCGGCCGACAACGUCGCCGCUAUACUACGAGAUUGUAUCACAGGAUGAAACGGCCGGGAAGAACAAAGAACAGCAACACAAUCCCGCUACAAUUCGCCAAUCCACCGAGUCCGGCGAGCUUCUCCUCUCCAAACGAACCCACACACGCACCCUCCUCCUCGCCGCGUACUACAACUUCUACGGCCCCAGUCACUACUACCCCCUCCUUUCACAAGGCGCCGCCGGCGAAGGAGAUAAGGAGACCUUCAUCGCAGCAGCCAUCGCCCUCAACGAGCCCUUCUACCAAGUCAGCGAGCCAAUCCGCGCAGUGGGUAGAGGGACGCCCGAUGGCUUUGCAGGGUCCACCAUGGUCCAAUACAACCCAAUAGAAGACUAUGCCUUGACCAAGAAAGGCGAGUGGCGCGUCCGGGGCGCAUCCGUACCACCCCCACAUCCAUUCUUUGUCCAUGUCAACUUUCCCAAGUUCAACCCGGCUACGGUGUUUCAUGAUAACGGGCCGGUUGUGGAUGAGAACGGGAGAUAUACGCGGGCGUGGACGGCGCCGGAUGACGUGGUGGAGGCAUUCGGGGGAAAGAAGACGGAGAAGGCGUAUUGGAGGGAGAUUCUGUGGACGGCGUGUGCUCUUGAGGGUAAGAGUAUUAGUUGGAAGGGGAGGGAUGAUAUCUGUUCCAAGACGGCGGAUUAUUGGAGUUCGGUUUUUGAGGGGAUGGAGGGGGUGGAUCUUGCUUAGGGGGGUUAAUAGCAUAGUACCUAUUGAGUUACUAGUUGUCCAUGAAGUCUUGUGCUGGUUACAAGAGGUGAUUGGGUUGUAUAUAGCAUGGGGAUAUGUUCGGGUGUUUGUAAUUGAUGUUCUUAUAAUGUCACUAAUGUGAACCUGUCUCGUCUCUUGAUCGGUCUUGAUUCACCAAGUCUGACAAGUAUCUGUAGAUGAGGGAGGUACUAUCAUAGAGGUGAUAGUACUGGGGAGUUGGACAGACACUUUUCGCAUCAUGAUAGUAUAAAUGAUACUAAUAUAAAUAAGAGAACACUGCUUGUUCGUCU